AUGUCUAGUAAAGGAAAGCAAGUUGUGACUAACGAUGGCUCUGACUCCAAGUACAGAGAGAAAGUCGCUGAUCACUACAAAGAAUCUAAAACUGCAAAAGCAAGCCUCAAGUGGUAUCUGCUCUUUACAUUCAUCGCCAAUGGUAUUGUAGCGGCUCAUUACUUCAUGAAAAAAUACAAGAAAAUGUACUUGAUCACCACGAAAGCGACUCCAGAGCCUUUUCUUUGGGAACUCGCAACGAUUGGAACAUUUAUCCCAACAGUUAUUGGCUGGAGCGCUUGUGCCAAGAACAAUGUCAAGCGAAUGACCAUGUACGUUUGGGGAAUCCUUCUCUUCGGUCUUCCUCCACUUAUCUGGGGCGCUUGGGAGCAUCACGAAGAGCUCAUCAAAUACAUGAACUCUCAAGGCUACCGACGAACAAUCAUGGGUUACCCAAGGGCGAUCGUCAUUUAUGGAUUUAUUCUUUGCUUUGGCGAGAUGAUCUCAACCGGCUUCACUCGAGGCCGAAAGUGCAUCAAGCUUUGGACCAAGAAGGGUUCCAAAACUGAAGUCGACAAGAAAGAAGAAAAGAAGGACAAAUAA